GGCUCAGACGGGUCGGUGACGGGGGGACAGACCGCGGCGACGGGAGGGGGUUCCUCCACCGUGGCGAAGACCGCGCCAUGGGGAACACCUCAUGUUGUCAGUCUGAAGACUUGGCGGUGAACGAGACGCAGCCGGUGGAUGCCAAGCCGCUCAUGAUCAGCGGCGGCGACGCCGCGGUGGCGGGCGGCCUGGGCUUGGCGGGCGGCGACACGGAGGCCGAACGCGUCUACCAGGUGACUCUCAACAAGGUGGAUGGUCAAAAGCUCGGUUUGGACGUCGACUACAUGGCCGAGCGGAAGCUUUUGCCCAUCAUGCACGUCACCGGUGGUGUGGCCGAGGAGUGGAACCGGCGGAACCCACAAAAGAAGAUGUGCAGUGGAGACAGCAUCCUUGAGGUGAACGGCGUGAAGGGAGAUGUGGUCGAAAUGCUUGAGAAGUGCAAGGCAGAUCAAAUUUUGAAUAUGACGCUUUGUCGGUCUCUAACCUAUGAGUUCCUCUUAGAAGACUUGGAGAAGUUAGUGCGACAGAAGCAAUGUGGUCCCAUCCUGAUCCGGCUCUCGUGGCAUGACGCGGGAGUCUACAAUGGUGUGGAUGGAUGUCCCAACGCUGCGAUGCGCUUGAGUGGAUCGGCGGAACAGCAAAUGGCUGCGAAUGCAGGAUUGCAGGUCGCGAUCAAGUUGCUGGCACCCAUCUCAGCGAAGUAUGUGCCCAGGUUGAUCUCCCAUGCAGAUCUCUGGGUGGUCGCUGCCAACGUAGCGAUCAAAGUCAUGGGUGGCCCCGUGAUCACCACGCGCUACGGCCGCCUCGACGCGCAGCAAGCCUCGCAGAGUGCCCCCAGUGGCACAGGGCGACUACCCGAUGGAGACAAAGACGCUCAUCAUCUUCGAACGAUCUUUCACCCCAAGGGCUUCGAUGAUAAAGAGAUUGUCGCUUUGUCCGGUGCUCACACCGUCGGCGCUUGCCAUCUGGAUCGCAGUGGCUUUCAGGGCGCCUGGACAGAGCAGAAGUUGAAAUUCGACAAUUCCUAUUUCAAGGACUUGCUCAGCAAGUCAUGGACGGAAGAAACCACCAGCCAAGGGAAGUCGCAGUUCCGCUGUGGCGAAACCAUGAUGCUGCACACGGACAUGGCGCUGAUCAAGGAUCCAGCAUUUAAAUGGCACGUGCAGCAAUUUGCGGAAGAUGAGAACCUUUGGUUUUCGGAGUUCGGCAAAGCCUGGGUGCGGCUCCAAGAGUUGGGCCUCGAGGAUUUGCGAGACAUCCUCUAGGCCGUCCCCGGCAAGUUUGAACAACCACUGGCCAGCUUGCUCCGCUGGCUUGCUCCUGGGCGUGCAGGGUGGUGGUUUCGUGUGUGUUCGGAAGGGCGCGUGAGGCGUGGCAGGUGGUCCACCUCCUAAAUAUUUGAUUCUGCUGGUUGAACGGUGGUCAAACACCUCCAUCUCAUGACUCACAGAAACAAUCCAUGGGAAGACAGACCUUACUUGGUUGGACCAUCUUCCCUUUACUUGCAAAGAUUUGCAAAGGUCUUCUUGAAGUCGGAGUUUGUUUUAAAGAACCACGAGCUUCCAUGGGCCCAAUACAGUAAAUACACGGGGCCCAUCGCUUGCAGUCGAUUGUGAGAGCAUCAUGGCUGGGGCAUAAAGCUGCCGUGUAGGACGUCUAGUUUUGUUCCAUGAAUUGCAAAUGCUGCUGUUUGGGUUGGAAGUUUGAGCUGUACACUGAUGCGACUAAUGCUAUUUGUCUCUCGAAACGAGUCUUAUUGAUUUCCACCUGAAUUAUGGUCCAGAUCCCCUCAUGUCGAGGCAAUUCCGGCAAGAAAAGUACUCGGAUAGCCGAUAGCCCCCCGGAAACCAGGUACUCGCAUGACACAGCGCUUCCCGGGCGUGUUCAUGCACCGAAUGCGGCGAACAAAGACGUCGACUCAUCAACAGAUAUUGUUUUUUUGACAAACAAAACACAGCGGUAUAGGAUCACCCACCUCGGACCUUCCGGGGCCAUAUUUGAGCUUCAUAUUCAACGUCAAAUCCCGAUGAUUAUCUCGGUGGGUUGCCGGAAGUGUCCGUACAUCGUCCUGAACUUGGACCACGAGUUGCCGCAAGCAGUUUGUGUAUGUGCAUAGGGCGACCACCAACCAAUGAGUUUGGUUUGUUUCCCUUCUUUUUGGGGGAGCUUGGGAGGUCUCCCGUGGUCUCCCUAUGUUAAGUGUUGCAGCAGUGUUGCACGUGCUUUCUAUUGCUCUUUUGGUUGGGAGCCUUUUCUCCAGUGAUACAGGUACACUUAGUGGUGGGUCAAGAAUCUUCUUCAAUGGAAGUGUUCGUGUUUUUCAUCUUGGGUAUUUGUGUUGUGGCAGCAGGGCAUGCUUCACAGAACUUGAGCUUCGGACUUCGGACUCGCGUGCACCAUCGAGGUGCUAUAUCUCGAUUGCGGAAAACCACCAAAUCCGCCAAGUCAUUUGGGGCCACGUCACGCGUCAGUGGAUGUGGCGGUUUCUACACAUUUGUCAAAAGAGUGGGGUCCAAAGGACCCAGAAUUAGACACAGUCUGACUGAGUCGGAAUGCGCUGUAAAAA